AUGUGUGAUGAGGUACGGAGCUUACGAGUGGUUGGUGAUGCUCUUCGGCUUAACCGACGCACCCGCUACCUUUUGCACACUAAUGAACAAGAUCUUCCACCCCUACUUGGAUCAGUUCGUGUAGUCUACUUGGAUAACAUAGUCAUCUAUAGCAACACCUUGGAGGAGCAUAUGGAGCAUUUGAGAAAAGUGUUCCAAGUCUUGCACGAGAAUGAGCUCUUCAUCAAGCGAGAGAAGUGCGAGUUUGCCCAACAUGAUGUGCACUUCUUGGGAAAUGUUAUCAGCCAGGGAGAACUACGGAUGGAUGAGGCAAAAGUUUGGGCCAUCCAAGAGUGGGAGGUGCCAACAAAGGUAACCAAACUUAGAUCUUUUCUUGGACUGUCUAACUAUUACCGCAGGUUCAUAAGUGCCUACUCUGCCAAAACCGCUCCACUUACUAAGCUACUGAAGAAAAACAAGAUAUGGGUUUGGAGUGAGGAGUGCAAGAAGGCCUUUGAAUACCUCAAGACUAUCGUAACAGAGGAGCCGGUCCUAGCAUUGCCUGACUUCUCCAAGACAUUCGAAGUGCACACGGAUGCCUCUAACUAUGCCAUUGAAGGAGUAUUUAUGCAAAAAAAGUACCCUAUUUCCAUCGAGAGCCGCACGCUGAACGAUAAAGAACGGCGGUACAUCGUGCAGGAAUAG